AUGGCACGGUGUGCUUUUGUAUCAUUCUUCUAUUCUUUUUGCGGCGCUCGCAUCCCGAAUCCUUGCGUCACUCCAUCGCCCGCUCGCGGCGUAUUCGGCCGGGGUGCCCGUGCCAAUACGUCUUCCGGGUGGUUCCGAGGCGAAAAUGAGGUGAAGCAGCUGUGUGAUUUGGCCAAGGAGAUCUUGCACGAGGAAUCCAACGUCCAUCCCGUGCGUUGCCCCGUGACCAUCUCCGGCGACAUCCACGGGCAGUUUCACGAUUUGAUGGAGCUCUUCCGCAUUGGCGGAUUCCUUCCAGAUACCAACUACCUUUUUCUAGGAGACUACGUGGAUCGAGGCUACUUUUCCGUCGAGUGCGUGUCCCUCCUGCUGAGUUUCAAGGUCCGGCACCGUGAACGGAUCACGAUCUUGCGGGGCAACCAUGAGAGCAGGCAGAUUACACAGAUCUAUGGUUUCUUCGAUGAGUGCAACCGGAAGUAUGGCAGCCAGAGUGUGUGGAAGAUGUUUACAGACCUCUUCGAUUAUUUGCCUUUGACUGCCCUGGUUGAGAACAAGAUCUUCUCGCAGCAUGGGGGGUUGUCCCCGAACAUCGACAAGCUGGAUGACGUGAGGAAGUUGGAUCGUGUUCAAGAGGCCUUGGGAGACGAGCAUGAAGACGUGCCCCAUGAGGGCGCCAUGUGCGAUUUGCUCUGGAGCGAUCCGGAUGACCGCUUGGGCUGGGGUGUCUCUCCCCGGGGCGCCGGAUACACCUUUGGACAGGACGUCUCGGAGAAGUUCAACCAAGCCAAUGGUCUGAAUUUGAUCGCGCGCGCUCAUCAACUAGUCAUGGAGGGCUUCAAUUGGAACCACGAGCAGCAAGUAGUGACAAUAUUCUCGGCACCAAACUAUUGCUACAGAUCUGGAAAUCAGGCUGCAAUCAUGGAGGUGGAUGAGCGUUUAGGCUCUCACUUUGUGCAAUUUGACCCCGCGCCACGGCGGGGGGGAAGCCGCCAUUGGCCGUCCUCCUGUCGAAUACUUCCUUUGAGCGGCUCGCGGCAAACGCGCCACGCACGCGCGGCCGAAAACGCGCGUGCCGGGACGCUAGCCCUCCUGCUGGGCGCUCACGAAGAUGAGUUUGUUGCGUGGGGCAAUUCUCAGAAUCUGAGGAUUCAUGAUGGAGCCGAAUGGGCUUGCAUGAGUUGGAGCAGAAAUGCUUGUAGACACCAAAAUGGCGCGUUUCUGGAAUUGGGCAUGUGUGGAACAGUCGAGCUGUGCACCAUGACUGAAGGUGUUCACAUGGAUACAUGGCGAGAUAAGCAGCAACAGAUAUUGAAAUGA